AUCCGGGGUGUGUCUGUGUGAGGGGGGCUUCCUGGCUCGGCGCCGAUCCCUGAUUGGCGCGCGUAAAGGAACGGACCACGAAGUUCGUUCGGGGUACCUAUGCUGCUCGACGCGGAGAAUUCCCUCCAGUGAAAAAGAUACUCCCGGAACCGUUGUCUACCUGCUUUGAGUAUAUACCUCCGGCGGUCGAGGGUUUCUCCGACAUAAUAAACACGAUGUGUGCGUAUGUGAGGUGGGCCAAUUCCCCCAUGGGGUAUGGAGAUGAGAUGGGGUUGGUUACGUGGGUAUAAGGUAGCUAGCUUGGUAUAGGUAUAGGUAGGAUGUAUAUAAGGUAAAUACGUCGGCGGUUGCGAGACCAAGAUUAAUCGUGUCGGGUACUUUUCUGCUCUGCUCGCCGGGUCUUUCUGUUCGUCGUCGAGACCUAUCUUAAUUUUUUGCGUGAGUGAAGGAACGGGAUACAGCAGAUAGAUACCUGAUACAGACGAGAAUAUCCAAGAUGAAGCCUCAUACUUACCAGUUCCUCGUCGGCGUCUUCGCCUCGAUGGGCUCGGUGCUCUUCGGCUACGAUCUGGGUGUCAUCGCCGGCGUCGUGGGAAGUACUUCGUACGCGGAACUAUUCCAAUCGAACGCGGCUCAGGACGGAGCCGUCGUCUCCCUAUUCACGGGCGGCGCUUUCUUCGGCGCCAUGUUCGCGGGCCCGGCGGGCGAUAUGCUCGGCCGGAGACUCACGAUCAUGCUGGGCGCCGUGAUCUUCCUUCUCGGCGGAGCGAUCCAGACGGCCGCGCAGACGAUAGAUUACUUAUACGGCGGACGGGCGAUUGCUGGUUUGGGCGUUGGGUUCUUGACUAUGAUUAUUCCCGUCUACCAAAGCGAAAUCGCACACCCCUCCAUCCGCGGGCGCGUCACGGGCCUGCAGCAAUUCAUGCUGGGCAUCGGGGCCUUCCUGGCCGGGUGGAUCUCGUGGGGGUGCUUCAUCAACCUGAGCAGCUCGGCGCAGUGGCGGAUCCCGCUGGGGAUCCAGAACCUGCCGGCCCUGGUCCUCGCCGCCCUGAUCCUGCUGUUCCCGGAGAGCCCGCGCUGGCUCGUCGACCACCGCCGCGCCGACGACGGCCUGCGCACCCUCGCGAGGCUCCACGCCAACGGCGACGUGCACGACCCCUGGGUCCAGGCCGAGUUCGCGCAGAUCAAGGACACGAUUCGCUUCGAGCGCGAGCAUGAGGCCAAGAGCUACUCGGAGCUUUUCACGAACCCCUCCGCCUUCCGCCGGCUGUUCCUGGCGUGCGCGAUCCAAGCGGCGACGCAGAUGACGGGGGUGUCGGCGAUCCAGUACUUCUCGGUGAGCAUCUUCGCGCAGAUCGGCAUCUCGGCCGACGACGCGCUCAAGUACCAGGCCAUCAACAGCAUCCUGGCGCUGGUCGCGCAGGCCUCCUGCAUGGCGCUCAUCGACCGCUUCGGGCGGCGGCCGACCAUCGUCGCCGGCAACCUCGUCAACUGCGCCAUGUUCGUCGUCGUCACCGUUCUGCUCGCCCGGUUCCCGCCCGACACGGAUUCCGGCAGCACGGCUGGGUGGGGGUUCAUUAUUGUGACCUGGCUCUUCAACAUUUCAUUCUCCUUCGCCUGUGGCCCACUCUCCUGGAUAAUCCCCGCCGAGAUCUUCGACACGCACACGCGCGCGAAAGGCGUAUCGCUCGCGACCAUGGUCAGCUUCGCCUUCAACACGCUCGUCGGGCAGAUCACCAGCGUCGCCGUCGACGCCGCCGGCUGGCGGUACUUCGUCCUGUUCGCCGCCUGCAACGCCGCCAACGCCCUCUUCUUCUGGCUCCUCCUCCCCGAGACCAAGCAGGUGCCCCUCGAGCACAUGGGCGCCCUCGUCUUCGCCCCCGACGCCCCCUGGAUCGUCCCCGGCGAAAAAUCCCGCGCCUUCCGCGCCGCCGCCGAGGCCGAGGUCGCUGCGGCGGCGGCGGCUACGCUCGAUAUUAAGGAGGUCGAGGUGAAGAAGAGCGAGCAUGAUGAGGUAUGAAAUACAACAUUGGUAAUAAGGUGGCGGGUGAUUUUUGAAUAUUUACAGUUCUAGUUCGCAGUGCAAGAAACGACCUAGUAGUUAGGUCGAUAGACGCGUUAAUCUGAAUAAGAUCUCGUGGAUGACGCGAGGCUUUGUAAAAUUUGUCAGUACGACUAGAAUCCGUAUAUUGUUGCGCUGCUCCCAGAA